GGAGGUUGGAGGGAAAUGCCGGAGCGCCGCGGGGCGAUCGGAGAUCACGAGGCGUGCGGGCUCGCGCUUUGGCGGGGGGGAGGCGGUGAUGCCCGGAGCAGGCCCCUCCCAAGUUCCAGGCCCCGCCGCCGCCCACUGACCAUGAACAAGAUGAAGAGCUUUAAGCGCCGCCUCUCGCUGUCAGUGCCGCGCACCGAGACCAUCGAGGAGUCCUUGGCCGAGUUCACAGAGCAGUUCAACCAGCUGCACAACCGGCACACUGAGGACCUGCAGCUCGGGCCUCUCGGCAGAGACCCCCAGCCAGAGUCCAGCACCUUCUCCCCGACAGACAGUGGGGAGGACCCUGGGCAGCCGUCCCCCGGCCUGCAGUACCGGCGGCAGAGCCAGCGCCGCUUCUCCAUGGAGGACACCAGCAAGAGGCUGUCUCUGCCCAUGGACAUCCGCCUGCCCCAGGAAUUCCUGCAGAAGCUACAGCUGGAGAGUCCAGACCUGCCCAAACCGCUGAGCCGCAUGUCCCGCCGAGCAUCCCUGUCAGAUAUCGGCUUUGGGAAACUGGAAACAUACGUGAAACUGGACAAACUGGGGGAGGGUACCUAUGCCACAGUCUUCAAAGGGCGCAGCAAGCUGACGGAGAACCUCGUGGCCCUGAAGGAGAUCCGGCUGGAGCAUGAGGAGGGGGCGCCCUGCACUGCCAUCCGAGAGGUGUCUCUCCUGAAGAAUCUAAAGCACGCCAAUAUUGUGACCCUGCAUGACCUCAUCCAUACGGAGCGGUCUCUCACCCUGGUGUUUGAGUACCUGGACAGCGACCUGAAGCAGUAUCUGGACCAGUGCGGCAGGCUCGUGAGCAUGCACAACGUCAAGAUUUUCAUGUUCCAGCUGCUCCGGGGUCUUGCCUACUGCCACCGCCGCAAGAUCCUGCACCGGGACCUGAAGCCGCAGAACCUUCUCAUCAGCGAGAGGGGGGAGCUGAAGCUGGCUGACUUCGGCCUGGCCCGGGCCAAGUCAGUGCCCACGAAGACGUACUCCAACGAGGUGGUGACCCUGUGGUACAGGCCCCCUGAUGUGCUGCUGGGGUCCACGGAGUACUCCACCCCCAUCGACAUGUGGGGCGUGGGCUGCAUCCACUACGAGAUGGCCACGGGGAGGCCCCUCUUCCCCGGCUCCACGGUCAAGGAGGAGCUGCACCUCAUCUUCCGACUCCUCGGGACCCCUACGGAAGAGACAUGGCCCGGUGUGAUGGCCCUGUCGGAGUUCAGAGCCUACAAUUUCCCCCGGUACCUCCCCCAGCCGCUCAUCAGCCACGCUCCCAGGUUGGACACUGAUGGCAUCCACCUCCUGACCAACCUCCUCCUGUAUGAAUCUAAGAGUCGCAUGGCAGCAGAGGCAGCCCUGAACCACCCCUACUUCCGGUCUCUGGGAGAGCGCGUGCACCAGCUUGAAGACACGGCAUCCAUCUUCUCCCUGAAGGAGAUCCAGCUCCAGAAGGACCCAGGUUACCGGGGCCUGGCCUUCCAGCAGCCAGGCCGAGGGAAGAGCCGGCGACAGAGCAUCUUCUGAGCUGCGCCCACCUGGCUGCGGCCCCCGAGACGAGAGGUCACCGCGAGCACAACGGCGGGCAGGAUGGGGCCUGCGUGGCCCUGGGAGGACUGAGGAACAAGGGCUAAUGGCUGGCCCAGAGGACCUCUUGGCAGCCCUGCUGGCCACGGCUGUUUCCUCUUCCUGCUUCCCACAUGCCUUCCCCGUGGCCUUCACCUAGACCCCAACCCCUCUGUCGCCAGCCCUGGACCUGGGCCUGAGCGCUUUCCUGGGAGGAGACGAGGGGGCAGGGAGGGCCCUCAGACCCUUCCCCACCCUGAGGUCCUUGGGCACCAGCGUGAGACCCACACAGACGGGAGGUCCCGGCGGCAGGCUGAGCACUGUGCCCUGACGUGGGCACUGCCAUACCCCCCACCGGGGGCUGCCUGCCCCACGUCACUCACUUUUUUCCCCCUGUGAGAGCAGGAGGCGCCAUGGCACCUCGUCUAGGACCCUGGAAUCCUGGGUGCCGAUGUGCGUGCCAAAGCCCACCCCCCACCUGAAGGGAGGGUGUCCCCAGAGCAGCAGAGAAUAGUAGCCCAGCCCUUGCCCACCUCCUCACUCUGUCCCCAUCCCCCUCUCCUGGCCAGAGGCCCCCAUGCUGCUGAUGCCCAGCUGAGUCCAGAGGUGGCCUGGUACCACCAGCUGCACUCCUGCUGCUUCAGCUGGCUCCUGCCCGUCUCCCCAGUCUGAACGGGGUUGCCUUACUGGCAGGUGCUGGAGCGCUCACUGCCCCUGGAGCUCCAGCCUGAGCUCCUCCCUGUCCACCCUUUCCCGAGACUGGCCCCUGCUUACCUGGCCUGAGCCCUGAUAAGCCAGCCCUGGGCCAGGGUCCUGGGGACGACACCCAGGUAGGCAGGGUCACCCUGAUCCUGGUGCCAGGCCAGCCUCAGCUCCUUGGGGCUCGCACAGCCGCCCCCGUUCCCUCCUGCCCAGCCCCUACGGCCCAUGCCCCACCCCAUCCUGGUACCAGCCUCUGCGUGCCCCCGGCUCCCCCAGAGGGCAGGGUGCCCAUGCCAGCGGUCUGAGGUGGAGGAAGGUGGGAUAGGACGCACAGGCUUUGAUCCUGAGAGCCCCACCCCAGGGGGCUGGGAAUAGGAGGGGGCCGCAGCCCCAAAGAAGGCCCCCCACACCACCCCUUCCGAGACGCUUGUUGUGUUCCCAAGGUCUCCUCAACACUUGGCUGAAUCUUGAAUGGCAAGGCCAAGGGGAGGCCAGGCCUGGCUUUUCUACGCAAGCCCCCUACCCAGCCCAACCCCUCGGCCUGAGGAGCAGCCCUGGAGGGUCUUGGCCUCCCCACAAGUCCCUCCCCUCCUCCCCCACUGUACUGUGAAUGUCCUGUGACUCAGCACAAAGACAGAUAAUAUAUUUAAUUCAUGUUGUACAGAAAAGCUGAUUUGGACAGAUUGAUGCCAAAGAUGGAGGACGGGAGGCCCUUCUCCAGGCCUCACGCGGGUGGGUGGGGCUUGCUCGGAUAUGUAUAUAUAUAAAGUGGACGGAGAGU